AUGACCUUCACGAACGAGGCGUGGACGGCUCCCGGCUCGCUCCUGGACCUUUUCCUGCAGAGCUUCCGCCUGGGCGUGAGGACGGUGCCUCUGCUCAAGCACCUGAUCGUCGUCGCCGUCGACGCCAAGGCGUACGAGCGGUGCCAGCUCGUGCACCAGCUCUGCUACUACUUCCGCGUCGACGGCGUCGACUACGCGGCGGAGCAGUCGUACAUGCAGAAGGACUACCUCGACAUGAUAUGGCUCAGGAACCGGUUCCAGGCCCGGAUCCUGGAGCUCGGCUACAGCUUCGUCGUCACGGAUGUGGACAUCAUCUGGCUGCGGAACCCACUGCUGCACAUCCCGAUAGGCGCGGACAUGGCCAUGUCGUGCGACUUCUUCGGCGGCGACAACCCGUACGACCUGAACAAGUUGGCCAACGGCGGGUUCGUGUACGCCAAGGCGAGCACACGGAUGGUGGAGUUCUACGGGAGCUGGUACGAGUCGCGGAAGGGGUACCCGGGCGCGCACGAGCAGUACGUGUUCGACCAAGUGAAGCACGAGCUGUCGGCGCGGCAUGGCGUGCGGGUGCAGUUCGUGGACACGGCCUACCUCAGCGGCUUCUGCGACCUCCACAAGGACUUCUACAGGGUGUGCACGGUGCACGCCAACUGCCUCGUGGGGCUCAAGUCCAAGCUCCAGAGGCUCACCGAAGUGUUCGACGAGUGGAAGCAGUUCAGGGAGAAGGCCGCGCUGCUGGGCAGCAACACCACCGCGCUGACGGACUGA